GCUCUCUUCUGAUGCUGUCUGAGCCCGCGAAACUGCCUGGCUCUAUCUAGAUCCGAUAUGAUACAGCCAGGGAGCCUCAACGAUAGAAAGCGCGGUGCUCAAUGACAAUUGGAUUCUGUCUGAUGGACUACGUCCGACGAAUAUCGGGUGGGAGCAUGGCGGGAUGAUCCUUUGCACUAGUUCGGUAUGCUAUUCACUCUCUGUGCGUCACAUACAAAUGUUGGUGCCCCUUACGCCUUGACCGUCUACCCCACCAUGUUCAAGACCAGAGUCAAUGCUGCCGCCGCACCAGCAAGCUCCUCAAGUCCAGAAGGCCCUAUGAAACAGGCCCUUAUGGCUGUCGUCCAGUUAUGGGAGGAUAGGCUACAAAAACAGGGCGUAGUCACUACAUUCUUCAUCAGCAUCGACAGCCUGCUCUUCUCCCUUACGUCCGGCACACGGAGCACCGAUCUUCAUGCCUGGUCUCACAGGGAUUUGGUCAUCAACGCGAGUCUUGGAGGAGCAAUCAUCUUUCAUGUUUGCGCCUCGAUAGUCGCAUACGUCGCGUCCUUCAUCCUAAUAAAAUACCAGCUCAACGACGCAGAAAAGAAAGAACACCAAUCCUUCAACAGCCCGACGCGCAGCCGUUCAGCCUCGACCUCGCGCUAUGUCCCUCAGUUUACCGAAAAGCCGCAGACCGACCGCGAGCGGACCCGGCGGAAGCACAGCUCUCACACCCACCGUCCUUCUGCAUCUGGAGGAUCGACUCUCCGCCCGUCCUCCCCCGUCGAAAUGAUCGCCGACUUCCCGAUGGAGGUAUUCACUGACUUACGCGGCCUCGUCAGCAUCGACCGGGCGUACCCCUUGUGGUUCUUGUGCUGCUGUUUUGGGGCGCGGACGAAGCCUGGGGAUCACGAGCGCACGCGCGGCGAUCCGGAAGCGAUGGUCGAUCGCGUGACGGACAGGCUGAAGGGCAUGGUGGACGUGUUAUCGCGUGCGCACACCGUCUGCACGGGGAUGGCCACUGUUGGGUUCUUACUCGCGGUCUUGGGGAUCUUGACGUAUUCGUGGACGGCGGUCCCGCUCGUGCUGGGUAUCUUCGCGAGUGCAUGCUUGGGCGUAUGCGCGGUCGCGAUGGUGAUUGCGCUCUGGUGAACGGCCUGGCUCGGUUAUGACGAUGCUAAUGAUAUCUUAUGCGUAUUGUUGAUCGUACGCUUUUGCUUGAUGGCAUUCUCUCUGAUGCCUUAAAUGCGACAAGUACACAUAACGACUGCGCUGCUGUAUUUGUAAGACGUACGAGGCAAUGAUGUCGUCAC